AUGAGCAAAUCCAAGAAUCCAGCUUUUGCCAUGUGGGAGAAACGGGCAUCUUCCAAUACGGAACUGCCAGACAUUGCUCGUCUAGCGGUGCCAAGUGCCAGCAGCAGCACUGCAACGAAUGUUGGCUACAAGAUACGAAAAGCGAAGGCCUUGGAAAGGGUGGAACAAUUUUCACCCAAAAUGACCGCGAAAAAGGUUGUCGUCACAUCGUCAUUGGCGGACCGAAUGAAAAAGUUUAGCGAAAAUGAUAAUGGCACUAUACCAUUCAGCUUUGCUGGUUCGACCAAUAGCAACAAGUCAGCCAAAGCCUAUCAAGCGGAAGAAGCCAAGAAAAAACGAGCCGAAAACAGUAAGAAGCGACACGAGUUACGAAAAAAGAAUCAGGAAGAGGAAGAAGCUUCAGCUAGCACAUCUGCCAAGCGAACAACGAAACGAGGAGCCCCAGUCAAACAACACAGUAUUACGGCAGCUCGAGUCAAUUUGGACCAAUUCGUUCCACCAACCUAUCCCAAAUCAGACGCCGACGCCAAACUGCUACAAGAAGCCUUGCGACAGAACUUUGUCUUUGAAAAUCUCAACGAGUCCGACGAGACUAAGCUCACCCAGGCCUUUGAAAAGAUGCAAGUCCAUGAAGGGCAAAAGAUCAUUAAUCAAGGGGAUACAGGUGAUUACUUUUACGUCAUUGCCGAAGGUGCCGUUCGAUUUGAAGUCAAUGGCAAGGGGGUAGGAAAGUCAGAGGCGGGUAAAUCGUUUGGAGAAUUAUCUUUGCUAUACACCUCGCCACGAGCAGCAUCGGUCAUUGCCCAAGAGAAUCCCACCGUUCUCUUCAGAGUCGACCAGAAGACAUUCCGAUACGUCAUGGAGACCAAGGCCAAGGAAUCAGAAAAUGAAAAGAUGGGACUGUUGAAGAAGAUUGGAUUCUUGAAGGAUUUCAAACAUUCCGACUUGACGAGGCUGUGCGACUGUAUGGUUCCACGCAAUUUCGAAAAAGAUGAAGUCGUCGUCACCAAGGGAGAAGAAGGUGACUUGUUUUACAUUCUCAAGGAGGGUCUCAUGAAGGUGACAGAUAUUUCAGUCGGUGGAACUGCUUACGAAGACGUGACCUUGUCACCCGGUGAUUACUUUGGAGAACGAGCGCUGCUUCUCAGUGAACCACGAGCAGCCAAUGUCGUUGGAAUGCAAUCGGGUUCCUGUUUCGUCAUAGAUCGAUUCACCUUUGAGAAGGUUUUGGGAAGCUUUUCGCAAGUCAUCAUGCGAUCUCAAGAUCGUGUCAAAUUGGAAGGUGUCAAGACCAUCAAGGACGCAGGUCUCGAAGGCGAAGUUUUGGACAAGUUGGUCGACGUCAUUAUCGAUCGCGAGUUCGAAGCCGGAGAAAACAUUCAAGAAAAGGGCAAGGAGACCGAAGCUGCCCUCUACCUUAUUCACGAAGGGACUGUCAACAUUAUGAGUACGGACAUCGGUGCUGGAGGCUACUUUGGGGACGAACAGUUGCUGGCCGAUGCCCAAGGUCAAUCGAACAGUGAAGGAUUCAUUACUGCUGAAGAGACUGUUACUUGUUCGACUGAUGUGGUUUGUGGCGUGCUCACAUUGAAGGAAUGCCGUCUCUUGAUGGAUACCAAGACAAUCACGACUGAUUUUAAGAAGGAUGACUAUGAAUUCCGUAGCUCAGCCAUUCUGAAGCGUCGUUCGACCAUGAAGGAGACCUUCCAGAGCAAGAAAAUCUCCAUGGAAGAGUUGGAUCGAGAAAAAAUGUUAGGAGAAGGAGCCUUUGGCGAGGUUUGGUUAGUCAAGGCUGAUAUAUGGGGACUGGGAGAUGAUGAAUACAAGGAAGAAUUUGCUCUGAAGGUUCAGAAUUUGGAUAACCCGGAGCACGCGAAUAUGAGAGAUACCAUCAAACGAGAAAUGGAGGUAAUUUCUACGCUGGAGCAUCCAUUUAUUGUCGAUUUGGUCAGUUGUCAUGAAACAGAAACAGAGUCGAUGAUGCUCAUGACAGUUGUCAAGGGAGGAGAGCUAUGGAAUGUGGUGCACAAGGAGCAGGACGACGGAGAAUGGCUUUCGGGGAUAAGCGAGGAAGACACCAAAUUCUACUCGCUUAUCAUUGCCGAUACCCUCGCCUAUAUGCACUACAAGAACAUUCUGUUCCGUGAUUUGAAGCCCGAGAACAUUCUCAUCGAUCGAGAUGGAUACCCAAAUAUCAUCGAUUUCGGUUUUGCCAAGUUUUGCAAGGACAAGACGUACACCUUUUGUGGAACGCCGAACUACGUAGCUCCCGAAAUCGUCUUGUCCCAAGGACACGGAGCCGGUGUGGACCACUGGGCCUUGGGUGUCACAAUCUACGAAAUGAUUGCGGGAGAGAAUCCUUUUUACUACGAAGGAGUUGACACUGGUACACUGUUCCAAAUGAUCGCCAAGGAGGAGCCUUACCCCUGUGAGAAGGCUUCCGCUGAUGCCAUGGAUCUGAUCAACGGGCUUUUGGAGAAGGAUCCCACUCAAAGACUGGGUGGAUUGGCCGGGAAAGAGAGAGACAUCUUGAAUCACAAAUGGUUUGAGGAUUUGGAUCUAGAAAUGCUUCGUCACAAACUUGUGGAUGCACCAUGGAACCCACCUAUGCCAUCAGGAGGUGACGAUUAG